ACAGAACAGGCUACUGACGAGGGCAAGAUAAGGCAUGUAGGGAGGAGUGUAAGGGAGGAGUGAAACAGUGUCAAAGUGCGUGAGGUGCGUGCCAGCAGAUGCCAGAGUGCCGGAGGUGGCGUGGAGCACCGCCGUGCGGGGCAAUGACGGUCUCUGUACGUUCAAUGGUGCGGAGCGCCAGGAACACCAACAAGAAAUGAAACCAGCUGACAACCGCACGAAGCGGGUGGCGGUGGGCCGACCCGGCGGCAGCGGUGGCCAGUCUGAGUGUGUCCGGGGUGCGGGACACAGGUGCCGCGCACACCGCCACACGGUACACAUGCCCCUCUCGGGGAAUGACCUUUGGGGUCUGGUGGCCGAGGCCGUGGGUGGCAUGGGCGUGGGCCGCGUGGUGGCUGCGGCACGUGCUGGGCUGGCAGGUCUGGCGGGGCUAGUGGCGGGCCCUCCUCAGCUGGUACUGGUGGGCCUGGAUUCUUCGGGCAAGACAACGGCGCUGUUGCGGCUCAAAUAUGGCCACUACGUCAACACGGUGCCCACCGUCGGUUUUAACUGUGAGCGGUUACGGCGAGGCGGCUGUUCUUGGGUGGCGUGGGACGUGGGCGGCGCUGAGCGGAUACGGCCGCUGUGGCGCGCUUACACUCGCGGCGCCGACGCAGUGCUCUUCGUGGUGGAUUCCAGCAGUGCCGCUGACCGUCUGGAGGAAGCACGGCACGAGCUGCACGCCCUUGUACGGCGCCAGGCGACGCAAAGUGCAGCGCUACGACGAUCGCGCCCGCCGGUGUUGGUGUUAGCCAACAAACAAGAUCUGCCCGGCGCUAGGUCGCCCGCUGAUAUGACCGACGCCCUCGGCCUGGCUGACCUGCCGCCUUGUCAACCCUGGGCCCUCGCCCCAGCCUGCGCUGUCACAGGUGAGGGUCUACCGGAAGCCAUGACAGACCUGCGCCGUCUCUUCCUCAAAGCUCGUCGAACCUCCCCCUCGCGUGGCUAACACUCCUCCUGCACUCUUGGGCUGCGGGUCACCAAUUAUAAUGCCACUUCUCGCUGCUCUGUCCCGCCCAAACACCAUUACACCCCGUUUCACCUGGCAAUAAGGCUGGGGAGGGCGGUAAGGAAGCAAGGUGUUGAAGCAAAUCGUUUACUUGGCUGUGUGUGUGUAUCGCUAUGGGAGUCACUAGUGUUGGGAAGCAAUUGUGAUAAAGAGAAAGCCUGAUGAUUCUAAAAUCAUCAACGCCAGCGCCCCGCGUGUGUGUGUGUGUGUGUCUGUGUGUGUUUGUGUGUGUGUUAUUUAAGAAAACGUAUUAUUUUUAUCAUUAUGUACAAAACCAAAUUAUUAUUUAUUGUGUACAAAUCAAACCCACAUAUCAUCCUUUUAUAUAUCAAUCAUUCCUCUACAUGCCCCUUCUAAAAUGUGUAAAUAGCUAUGCAGUGCAGCAAAUAUAUCAUCAUAUCCUUUCAAA